AUGUCGGGUGAGGGCUUCACACUGAUGUUGGAUAAGGUAGUUCUUUAUGGUAAAUUUGGAACUAUUUGGGAAGCUUCGAAAGAGACGGAUCCUCAACAGGUUCAUGCGAAGAUUAUGGAUCUGAGAACCGUGGAAGGCAGGAGGGCUGCCUACAGGUUGCUGGUUUUCAAAGAUUGUCUGCGUCAUUCCCGAGUAACAAAUGUCCUGGAGGCUUACGAUGCCAAAAACGAGAUCAUAUUGGUUAGCGCGAGUGAGGGGUGGACUAUCCCCGAGAUUUUGGAUGCGCACAAGGACGAGGCUUUGCCGACUGCGAGGAUAGUCUUCGAAUUGCUGCAGGCAGUGAAAUACCUUCAUGAUGCUGCCGUGGUGCACAACGAAAUAUGCCUGAAAAGCGUUACUUUGAGUCCCACUGGGCGAGUGAAACUGAGGAAUUUCGAAGCCGCGGUGACGUUGAAGACACCUAUUCCAACCUUGGCGUACACCAGGCCGGACGAUUACAGUUUUAUCGCCCCGGAGAUCAUGUUCGGCCAGAGGUUUUCUUCGGCGAGGUCGGACAUGUGGUCGGUGGGCUGUUUCAUCGCCUAUAUGCUCAAGAAGAAACUCGCGUUUUCAAACAAGUCCAUGAGGGAAACCCUGAAAGAUAUCGUGUGGAACAUCGGGCUGCCGACCAGGGAGGAAUUUCGGGAUCUGCAUCUCCCGAAAAGCAUCAUCGAAUUUCGUCCCGGCAAGUACCUGAAACGAAACCUGCCCAAGGAAAUGUUCCGCGGAGUGGAAAUUGUCAUGGUCGAAACGCUGCGUUAUGAUCGCACGUCGAGGAUGACGGCGAGGACGGCCGUUCACCAAUUCAGCGUCCGAUACAAGAUGGAGAGGAGCGCAGAGUUCUUCAUGUGUGGCUGUUGUGCUGACACUAUGAUGAGUGACGAUCAAAUGGAAGAAGCCUUGCAGGAUCAACGUGAGGGGCUCCGAAGGAUCCACCAAAGAAAGUUCUACACUGACGAAGAGCAAAAUUCGUCGUCUUCUGCUUGAAAAUAAUGUGCAUCAGCCAUUUCGUGUGACGGGGAGUAGAGUAGUUUCGCCAGUCAAUUGGAAAAUAUUGAUCUCAGAAAUUGAGGCUGUUCUUCGCGAUUUCGUCGAAAUCUCUGCGAUUAAUCUCACCUGACGUGUCUGAUCGCAUUUCUGACGGGUCGAGAAGUGUCUUUUCCUAUUGGUGAUGCGGAUUAAACUGGAAAUAUGUUGCCCCA